AUGGAUAACGAAGCAGAAAACGUUUUCAAAUGCAACAGAGCAUAUCUUCAAAUGGAAAUAAUUGAAUUUCAAUCAGAUGAUGUCCUAAAAAAUUUGUAUAAUGAAAAGUAUUCAAAAACUGAAAUUGAUUCUACAUAUGAUGAAUUUUGGUUGAAAUAUGUAUCUGAAAAGAAAUACCCGACGUUGAAAUUAUUGACAGUGAAAAUGUGUACAAUGUUUGGCUCCACAUACGUCUGUGAGUCUGCUUUUUCAAAAAUGAAUUAUAUCAAAAACAAAUUCCGAUCCCGACUCACCAACGAACACCUUGAAAUGAUGAUGAAGAUAGCUACCACAAACCAUAACCCCGACUUAAAGCAGCUAGUUGAAAGCAAGAUCUGCCAUUUUUCUCAUUAA